CGGCGCACGGUCGAAGACGGGCAAGGCCCUCGCUGGCAACGGCGCCGACUCCACGAAGAGCAACACCGAAUCCUCCACGCCCGUCGUAUGACGGAGCGGAUAGACUUUUCGCCGCCAUGCGGUAGCGCGUGUGGGGGAGAACAUGAUAGACUUGGUUUGCUUUCGUGGGGGAGGCCUGCGCUUUCUUGGCUGAGGCCUUUGCGUUCGUGGGCAGGUCAGCGUUGCUAUCUUUACCUAUUCCUAUGUGCUUUUCGCCUUGCGCUUGGCUGUCUAGGGACACUUCUAUAUACCAGGAGCGAGGCGGCUAUUUUCACUACCACAUUAUUUUGUACUCUAUGUAUGACCCCUGUAGACUCGAUACGACUGUACCGCACACGAAUUUUCUGCCAGGAAUAAUACGGCUGGCGAUGCCAAAAUAAUGAGACACCUUUUUUGAUUCAUGC